UCCUGCUGCGCGUGCUGUUGUCGUCGGAGAAGAGAAAGGACAGAAGGAACCCGUCCAUUUUCACAGGUUGUAGGUGUAACUACAUGGGCGAGUCCGAGCGACGUUUACGCUUAAACAGAUCCUAAAGAGCGGUGUUUUGGAGCAGAGAGAUGUCUGACGAAUUGGUGAAACAACUGAGCAGUUACAAGGCUCAGCUCCAGCAGGUGGAGGCUGCGCUCUCUACAGACCCAGACAAUGAAGAUCUGCUCAAGUUACAGAAAGACCUGCAGGAGGUCAUUGAGUUGACGAAAGACCUGUUGACGUCUCAGCCAGCAGAGGGCGUCGCUAGUCCCAACAGUUCAGAUGCUGUGCCUCCAAAACACAGCUGGAAAGUAGGGGAUCGUUGCAUGGCUGUGUGGAACAGCGACGGACAGCAGUACGAAGCCGAGAUAGAAGAGAUCGACAGCGAGAACGGCACGGCCGCCAUCACCUUCACCGGCUAUGGCAAUGCUGAGGUGGUGCCUCUGCAGGCGCUCAAAGCAGCCGAACAGGCCAAGAGCAGCAUGGAGGAGGAUGCCAAACCCAAGUCCAAGAAGAAGCUGCAGGCAGAGCAGAGGGAAUACAAGAAGAAAAAGGCACAGAAGAAAGUGCAGAGGAUGAAAGAGCUGGAACAAGAAAGAGAGGACCAGAAAUCCAAAUGGCAGCAGUUCAAUAAUAAAGCGUAUUCAAAGAACAAGAAGGGACAAGUAAAACGUAGUAUAUUUGCCUCUCCGGAGAGCGUGAACGGAAAAGUCGGUGUGGGUACGUGUGGGAUCGCAGACAAACCCAUGACUCAGUAUAACGACACAUCCAAAUACAACGUCAGGCAUCUGAUGCCCCAGUGAGUUGUUUGUGUCUGGACACUCAACGGAACCGGCUACAAAGUUGUUCCAACCUGUUUUUAUUUUGGGACGUGUGAAAUUUGAAAUGUAAGAAAAAGAAGCUAGCCUAGCUGUUAAUUGGAAUUCAUAAGUUAUGAGUACGAGACUGCAGCUCCCGGGCUUUACAGCUCGAAACUAAACCACAUCCUUCACUGGAAGACAACAUGAAACUAUUCAUCCAGCAACUUACUGUCAGGAAGUAAGCUUAAGAUGUGUAAAUAUAUAUAAGAUGUAGAAUAUAAGACAUGCAUAAUUCACUUCUCUCAUAUUAUUAAGCAAAGGCUACCGGGUCGGAUGUCUUUGCCAGUUGUCCAUGAGGAUUUUUCAGAUUUGGUAUUUGUUUCUGACAAAUGGUUAUCGAUGUAUCUGAUAGCCUUGAUGUACACUUAGUCUGCAGUAAUCUUUAGUUAGGUCCCAAUAUUCUGGUGGAUAUGGGAACCCGGAAUUUUAGUAUUUUUUUGUUUUGUUUUUGAUACUCAAUAAAUGCUUCUGUGAAGAAGCAAGACUGAAAA